GCAUUGCCGUUAACCGACCAGGACCAAAAAGCCCUCCUUCCUCCUUGCUGCUGCCCCUUCUUCCCCCAAAUCGCGAUCCCCUCUCGUCUCUUCCCCGAUUCCGCGCCGCCGGCGAGCGAGGGUGGCGGCUCGCGCCCCUUCCGCCCGCCACACCAGCCUUCGUCGGCCACCGUUGGAAGCCAGGCCCUCCCGCCUUGCCAUCGCCGCCGCAGCCGGAUCUGCAAGCGCAAGAACGUAGGCGGAGGGGGGAUGGAGAUGAGAUCGGUGAAGCGCAUGCGGUCGUCGCCGACGGACACGGAGAGUUCGCGGUCGCCCUCGCCAUACCGCCGGUCGUCCUCGCCGUCGCCCUCGCCGUACCGCUCGCCCUCGCCGUCUCCCUGCCGCUCGUGGUCGCGGAGGCCGCGCAGCUACGACGAUGCCGACGGCGAAGAUCGCAGCCUUAGCCGCAGCCGCGGGUCGGAUGGGAACGACGCGCAAGGGCGGGCUGUCUGGAGGCCGCACUCGUGCAGACAGUCGGGCGAGCGAGGCCAUGGCGGCGAGUUCAGCGUCCGCAUCGAUGACUACGACCGCCUCUUCACCUGCCGGUCCUGCCACCGCUUGCUCACCCCGCCGGUCUACCAGUGUCCUUUCUCCCAUGUCACCUGUUCAAGGUGCCACAUCGAAUUCGGGGACAACCGGUGCAGCAGCUGUGGCGCGAGCAAUGGGUAUGCGCGCAACCGCAUCGUCGAGGAGUUCCUCGGCCGCAUCAGCUUCUCCUGCCGCAACAAAGAGUACGGCUGCACGACCUUCCUCCCGCAACACGAGGUUCACGUGCAUGAGCAAUCCUGCCGCCACGAGCCCUGCUACUGCCCCGUGGAUCGCUGUGGCUUUGCCGGCCCGACAAACGCUGUCGAGGCCCACCUCACUGGCUUCCACCACUGGCGCGUGAUCAAGUUCCGAUACGGCGAGAGCUUCAUAGCCUCUGCCCACAAAUCGACAAUCUAUCACAGUAAGGAUGACAGUGAGCUCUUCCUCAUCGACAGCGUUGGUGAGGGUCGCGGAAUCGCCAUGUCCAUGAUUUGCCUCCGCUGCGAUAAUGCCCGCGAGCAGGAGUUCACGUACGAGCUGAAGGCACCACCAGGGAACGUCAGGGGACAGCACCAGCUGCAAUUACAGUCCGUGGUGCGGAGGACGUCGCUGCGGAAAGGGCUGGGGGAGAAGGACAAGGUGUUCCUGUUGGUCCCCAAGGACCUGCUAUGCGCCAUGAAUGACUACGUCGUCGAGGUGUGCGUCCGUAAGGAGGACACCGGUGCAUAGAUUUCAUGCCCUAGAUAGGUAGAUUGAUGGUGAUACUCUCUGGUUUUAGGAUUAGUGCCUUAUCGGUCGCGAGUUGAGUUUCUUCUGCUAGUAGAUUUCAGUUCAUUGCCCAAUGCCGAGGUAAACUGAACUUCAUGUUGGUUUGCUUAGUCUUCCAUGGAUUUCGUUAUUGGUUGAGAUAGGAAUUGUUGGUGCUCCUGGAUCACUGAACUGGCGGCAAUACAUAUAUAGGUCUUGUGCACGUCACUGCAGGAACUGUCAGCUAUAUGUAGCACAUGUUUGUUUGAUUUGAUAGAGUAAAUUCAGAUAAGCUUUGGAGAUCAGCAGCUUCCUUUU